AUGGAUGCACCGAGUCACGUGCAUCAGGAUGCAGAGAUGGCUGGAAAGGCAGAUUCCAGAGCGACGGCGGGUGGAACAAGUGGGGCCGGCACGGAGAGGAGCAUCACCGGGGCCGGAGUUGCUGGUGGGGCUGUGCCUGCAGCAGACGACGACAUAAAGUCAGUGACCUCGUCAAGAACUUCAAGAGGUAGCAUCUCAAGCACCAAGCUGACUCAAGCAAGGGUCAAGAGGGAGCUGGCGAAACUCAAACGGGAACAGUUGCUGAAAGAACAGAAACUGUUAAGAGAGGAGUAUGAACUAAAGGAGAAACUAAAAAUGCUUGAAAUUGAUCAUGAAAUUGAGAGUGCAAAUGUAGAAGCUGCCAUCUGGCAGCAAGAGGCCAUGGAUCAGGAAUUAGGAAUCAGGAAUGAUGCACAGGUGCAUGUGACAAAUAGAACAAAUGAUUGGUGUGAAAAGAGUCAGUUGUAUGCAGCUAACCAUCCAGUGGUACCUAUACCUGCAAAUUAUUGUAAUGAUACAGAUGCUGUAUUCAACGUACCUGUAAAUCAUGGUAUUGAUAAUGGUGCUGUUGUAAACAUGCCUGCUACUCAGAAUUCUGACAGUGCUCUAGUGGAUAUGCCUUUAAAUAGGAUUCAUGACAAUGCUGCAGUAAACGUGCCUAUUGAUCAGAGUCAUGACAAGGCCGUGACGAACAUGCCUGUAACUCAAAGUCACGACAUUGGUAUUACACAUGAUGUACAUCCAAACCAAGGUUCACAGCAGGGUAUUUGUGGUGGCACAUGUACAAAUUAUCACUCCCAGAUGUAUAUGGCCAUGAACUUGCCAAAACCAGAGAUAAAGAGUUUCUCAGGUGAUCCAGUAGAGUAUUGGGGAUUCAUAAAUAACUUUGAGGUUAAUAUUGCAUCCAAGGUUCAGACCGAUAGGGAGAAACUAGCUUACCUUAUCCAGUUCUGUAAAGGUAAGGCACAUAAUGCCAUAGAAAACUGUGUUCUGUUAGAACCCUCUAAGGGUUACCAAGAUGCAAAGAGCAUAUUGUAUGACCAGUUUGGCAGGAAUUACAUUGUUGCAGGUGCCCAUAUAGCAAAGGUGGUUGAUCGUCCUGCCAUCAGAGCCGGUGAAGGUGGGAGUUUGUGGGACCUUGCACGAGACAUGAGGCGAUGUCAGAUGACCCUUACACAGAUGGGUUACACUGCAGACUUGAGUUCAACCGACAACUUGCUGAAGAUACAGCGACUUCUGCCAGUCUAUCUUCAAUCCAAGUGGGCUACCGCCGCUCACAAGUUCAUGGAGGGAAAGGUUGUACCCAACUUUUCUCACAUGACCGACUUCGUUGAAGAACACGCCAAGGUCGGGAGCAAUGCCUAUGGCCAGAAUAUUGGAAGAUCUGUUAAAUCGCACACCAAGUUCGGUCCCCCCUCGAGCAAAGGGAACAGCAACAAGGUGUCAUCUUUCACAGUGCAAGAGAGGACGGAGAACAGGCCCAUGGGAACAUGUCCAUGCUGCAUGGGAAAACAUACAAUUUACAAGUGUGACAAGUUUAAGGCCAAAAAUCUAAAGGACAGGUUGGAGCUGGUGAGACAGAAAGGGUUGUGCUUCAACUGCCUCCAAGGAACCCACCUUGCAGUCAGAUGUAAUUCUAAAUGGGUGUGCAGCCGAGAAGGAUGUAAGAGAAAACAUCAUACACUCCUGCACGCAGAGACACAACCCAAGGAGGAAUCAAGUAAGGCACCAGGGGCUAACCAGGAAUCGGCGACAAGCCCACAGAAAGCAGAAUGUAACUCUGUCGGAUCAAGCAGGGGUGUUUGCCUGAGAGUACUUCCUGUUAAGAUUUGGAAUGAAGGUAAAGCUGUAACAACUUGGGCCCUCUUGGAUGAGGGAAGCGACAUCUCCCUGUGUGAAGAAGGGAUUGCGGAGGAGCUUGGCCUUCAAGGGAACAAGAAGAAGUUCACUCUGACGACGGUGAACAGCGCAGAAGUUGAAACUCAAGGUAUGGAAGUAAGCCUGUCCAUUGAAGGGGCUCAAGGAGGACAAACCAUAGAAAUGCCAAAGGUGUGGACCGUGAAGAAACUACCUGUCUCACGCCACAGCAUUCCUACGCAAGAAGAUAUCACCAGAUGGUCUCACUUAGAUGGGAUAUUUCUUCCGCCAACUGAAGAUGCCAAUGUGAGAUUGCUCAUUGGAAGUGACACGCCUGAGGCCUUUUGGGUACAAGAGGAAAGGAGAGGUGGCAAGAAGGAGCCGUAUGCCGUCCGUUCACCUUUGGGGUGGACUCUGUUAGGACCAGUGUCUAGAUUCAAGGGACGACAUACCUUUGCAGUUAACCAUGUCCAUGCCGAUGAGGAGCUGCAUGACCAGGUGAGGCGCUUCUGGAAGUUGGAUUUCGGCCUUGAUGACAAAGACGAAAGGUUUGGAGAGUCAGUUGAAGAUCGAAAGGCGAGAGCAGCCAUGGAGGAGUCCGUAACCCUGGAGGAUGGUCACUAUCAGAUGUGCUUACCUUGGCGGCAGUAUCCACCAUCCUUGCCAAACAACCGGCAAUUGGCCGAAAAGAGGCUCCAAUCUCUGAAGAGGAGAUUGGAGAAGGAUGAAGGCCUACACGAAGGCUAUAAGUGUACUAUUCAAGAGUACAUCAGGAAGGGCCACGCUAAGGAAGUUGACGAAGGAAUUAAGAAGGACGCCCAAACUGGGGCAGUCUGGUACCUCCCCCACCAUCCUGUUACUCACCCCAUGAAACCGAAGAAGGUCCGGGUGGUGUUUGAUUGUGCUGCUACUUGCCGAGGUGUCUCCCUGAACAGCCAACUCCUGCAGGGGCCUGACUUCACCAACAAGUUGGUAGGAGUGUUAAUGCGUUUUCGCCAGGAGAGAGUGGCCUUAGUAGCCGAUGUGGAAGGAAUGUUCCAUCAGGUCAGGGUGUUACCACGAGAUACUGAUGUACUGCGGUUUCUGUGGUGGGAGGACGGAGACAUGUCAAGAACCCCAAAGGAGUACAAGAUGCUUGUUCACCUGUUUGGAGCUACCUCCUCACCUAGCUGUGCAGGCUUUGCACUACAUAGAGCAGUGCAAGACAACAAACACGACUUCGAUGUAGAUGUGGCAAAGACUGUCCUCGAGAACUUCUACGUCGAUGAUUUGUUGACAUCGGUUCCCACAACUAUGGACGGGAUGAGGCUGGUUCCCCAGUUGUGUGACAUAGGCGGCUUCAGGCUUACCAAAUGGGUAAGCAACGACAGGGAAGUGCUGUCUAGUGUUCCAGCUAUGGAAAGAGCUGCAUCAGUCGUCGACCUAGACCUAGACCGCCUACCCAGUGAGAGAACUCUUGGAGUUCUGUGGGACGUUGACGCAGAUGAGUUUGGUUUCAAAGUAUCUAUUAAGGAUACGCAGUUGACAAGGAGAGGGAUUCUCUCAGCGACAAGUUCCCUCUAUGAUCCUUUGGGCUUUGUAGCUCCCUUCAUCCUCAAGGCAAAGCUGCUACUACAGGACCUUUGUGCUCAGGGCAAAGGUUGGGAUGAGAGGGUCGGUGACGAAGAAUUACAGCAUUGGAAGAACUGGAUCCUUGAGCUUCCAGAGUUGACAGCUAUAAAGGUUGCCAGAUGUUUUAAGCCUCCCGAGUUCAAGGAAGCCAACAUUGAACUUCACACAUUCUGUGACGCAUCAGAGAGAGCCUACGCGGCAUGUGCCUAUUUGAGAAGUGUCAGCCUUGAAGGCAACAUCCACUGUGCCUUUGUUAUGGGCAAGACCAGGCUCUGCCCUCUUAAGAAGAUAACGAUUCCCAGGCUCGAGUUGUCUGCGGCCGUGCUGGCAGUGAAAUUGGUUCAGGUCAUAAAGGAAGAGCUGAGACUGUCGUUAUGGGAUGUAACCUACUGGACGGACUCAACCUCAGUUUUGCAGUACAUCAGUAAUGAGAGCAGAAGAUUCCGCACUUUCGUUGCCAACCGGGUUGCCAAGAUACAUGAACUGAGUGAGGUGUCCCAGUGGAGACAUAUUGACUCGAGCAGGAACCCUGCAGAUGAUGGUUCCAGAGGAGUGCAUGUAAAGAACCUGUCACGUUGGCUUACAGGACCAGAGUUUUUGGUUGAAGAAAGGAGCAGUUGGCCUGACAAACCAUUUGUCUCCGGUGGAGGGACAGUUCCCAAGGAAGAUUUGCAGAGUGACCCAGAGUUUAAGAAGUCACAAGUGUAUGCAGCUGUCUCUUCGAGUCCCACACAGGAUCUGUUGUCACACUAUUCCUCGUGGUCCCGCCUGAAGCAGGCAGUUGUGUGGAUGCUACGGUUCAUGAAGUACCUUGCCUCUCGUGUUAGAGAGAAGCCAACAUUCAAGGAGACGGGUCCCCCGACUGCCCAAGAGUUGGAAAGGUCACCACUGUCUGAUGAGCAGAAACACCCUCUAAUCCUUCCUGGUGACCAUCACAUCACCAAGCUCUUGAUAGUUCACUACCACCUCAGGAUUGGACACUGUGGAUCGGGAAUGACAUGGACAGCUCUCAGGCAGAAGUAUUGGAUAAUCAAGGGUGGCGCUUCUGUACGACAUGUGAUUGGGAGUUGCAUACACUGCAAGAAGCGGAAUGCGAGACGAGGCCAACAGUUCAUGGCCAACCUACCAGAAGCAAGAGUGACGCCAGACAAACCACCUUUCAGCAGUACCGGGGUUGAUUACUUUGGUCCAUUCUUGGUGAAGCAAGGACGAAGCCAGCUGAAAAGAUAUGGCUGCAUUUUCACGUGUAUGUCCAGCAGGGCAGUUCAUUUGGAGGUGGCCUUUUCACUUGAGACGGAUUCAUUCAUCCAAGCCUUCCGCCGGAUUCAUAAAUCGUCGAGGACCUCCUGA